GAAACUGAUCCCCGCCGAAAAUCUCUUGGAUCUAACUUGAUUAAAGUUUCCUCACUGAACGUAUAUUUCUCAGAUUUUGCUCUUGGAUGCUGAGGAUUAUUUUAUAUGUUGGCAGGAAUUCCCUUAAUUUGCCGGCCGAUGUCGUUUCUCAUGCAGAAGUGUAGAGAAUCACUCUGACGCUUCAGGAUGAAAAGAUGGCGCAGACGUUUACUCCACCAGGACCAAAAAGUCUCCGAUUGUUCACCCGUGAAUCUCUCAAGGCCAUCGAGGGCAGGAUCGCAGAGGAGAACGGCAAGAAGUCAAAAGACAAGCGGGAGAGAAUUGAUGACGAUGGAACCAAAAGGAAACCCAACAGCGGCUUGGAGGCUGGCAAAAAAAUACCGAUUAUCUAUGGAGAUGUUCCCAGAGGAAUGGUCUCCACACCGCUGGAGGACCUGGACCGGUUUUACAGCAAUGAAACCAAUUUUAUAGUUGUAAACAAACAAAAUGCCAUCUACCGAUUCAACGCCACUCCUGCCUUGUACAUCUUCAGUCCCUUUAACCCUUUAAGGAGAAUAUCAAUCAAGAUUUUGGUACAUUCAUUGUUUAGCAUGUUUAUAAUGUUCACUAUAUUGGCCAACUGCGCUUUCAUGACCUACACAAAACCCCCUGAUUGGGCCAAGAAUCUAGAGUACGCUUUCACUGGGAUAUACACCUUUGAAGCGCUCAUAAAGAUCGUUGCCAGGGGCUUCUGUGUGGGCAAGUUCACAUUCCUUAGAGACCCAUGGAACUGGUUGGAUUUUAUUGUUAUAGUCAUGGCAUACGUAACAGAGUUUGUGGAUCUGGGUAAGGUCUCCGCCCUGAGAGCGUUCAGAGUUCUGCGAGCCCUGAAAACUAUAUCGGUCAUCCCAGGGCUGAAGACAAUCGUGGGAGCUUUAAUCCAGUCAGUAAAGAAACUGUCCGACGUGAUGAUCUUGACCCUUUUUUGCCUAAGUGUCUUCGCUCUGGUUGGACUCCAACUCUUCAUGGGAUCUUUAAGAACUAAAUGCGUGCGGAUGCCACCCAAUUCCACAAUGAAUAACAAUUCGGAGCUGGAAUUUGACUGGACAUUGGCCUGUAACCACAGUUCUGAGUACUGCUUUGAAAAUUAUUUAAAUAAUCCUGACAACCUUUACAUCAUGGCAGGAAAGAAAGACGCUUUGAUCUGUGGAAAAAGUCGUGAUGCUGGGAAGUGCCCCCCGGGAUAUUACUGUAUUAAAGCAGGUCGCAAUCCAGAUUAUGGUUACACCAGCUUUGAUAGCUUUGGCUGGGCCUUUCUUUCCUUAUUCAGACUGAUGACUCAAGACUACUGGGAGAAUCUUUACCAACAGACUCUUCGGGCCCAAGGGAAGACCUACAUGAUUUUUUUUGUGCUGGUUAUCUUCCUGGGAUCCUUCUACCUGGUGAAUCUGAUUCUGGCUGUGGUUGCCAUGGCAUACGAUGAACAGAACCAAGCCACUAUCGACGAGGCUCUGAAGAAAGAGGAGGAGUUCAAUUCCAUGAUCGAGCAGAUCAUGAGACAAGAGGAGGAAGAGGCGGCUGCUAAGACCAAGACUGAGGAGCCCAGCGGAGAGAUGACGGACAGUUCUUCCAACAACUCCAAACUGAGCUCCAAAAGCGCUAAAGAGAGACGCAACCGCAAGAAACAGCGGCAGCGUCAGGAGGAGAAAGACGACGAUUUGAAGAAGGACGGUAGCGUUAAAAAGACAAGUUUCAACAUCCCAGACAGAAACAACCGUAGCUCAUAUGAACGUACUUGCACAUCUCCACGUCAGUCCCCCUUAAGCGUUCAAGAUUCGGUCUUUCCCAUACGGCGUGACAGCAAAUCUAGCGUCUUCAGCUUCCGUGGCCGCGUGCGUUCCGAAAACAACUAUGCGGACGACGAGCGGAGCGUGUGCGGGGAGACGGACAGCCGGAGGGACUCGCCUUUUCUUCCGCCUCGUUCUGAACGUCUGUACAGCAAUGAUAGCAAAGGCAGCCUGACUCCACGUGUGCUGCUUCCCUCUAACGGAAAGAUGCGCUACGUGGUCGACAGCAACAGCAUAGUGAUGGUGUCUGGGGACUCGUCCAUGCCCAACUCCCCCUCUGGACUGCUAACGCCAGAGAUGUCCAGAAAAAGAGCCAUGUUUGGAGACUUCUGUGCAGAUACAGAUGAAGAAUACAGAGGAAGAUGCAACUCGCAGCGACUCGCACGAGCUUUAUUACAUGACCAGUCAGCCCGGAAGAGAGCACUGAGCGUGGCCAGUGGUUCCAACAAUCCCUCUGACUCCAUGCAAGUGUGGAAGCAGAAGUGUGUGUAUUGGAGCUACGAGUUUGCAGAGAACUACAUGAUCUGGGAUUGCUCCCCCACUUGGCUGAAGAUCAAGAAUAUUGUCCACACAGUUGUGAUGGACCCUUUUGCAGACCUCUUCAUCACCAUUUGUAUUGUGAUAAACACCGUGUUUAUGGCAAUGGAGUUUUAUCCCAUGGAUAAUAGUUUUUCCAACCUCCUUUCGACCGGGAACCAGGUGUUUAUAGUCAUCUUUACCGCAGAAAUGAUUUUGAAGAUCAUUGCUUUGGACCCGUACAUGUAUUUCCAGGAAGGCUGGAACAUCUUUGACAGCAUCAUAGUCUCUCUGAGUCUUCUGGAGGUUUGCCUCGCCAAAGUCUUGCCUGGAAAGGGGUUUCUCAGGCCGUUUCGACUGUUGAGGAUUUUCAAACUAGCCAAGUCCUGGCCGACUCUCAACAUGCUCAUCAAAAUCAUCGGCAACUCGCUGGGCGCCCUGAGCAAUCUGACGCUGGUGCUGGCCAUCAUCGUCUUCAUCUUCGCCGUGGUUGGAACGCAGCUGUUUGGAAAGAGCUAUCGUGACUGCGUGUGUAAGAUCUCCAGCGACUGCACUCUUCCUCGCUGGCACAUGUCCGAUUUCUUCCACUCGUUCCUGAUCGUCUUCAGGGUGCUCUGCGGCGAGUGGAUCGAGACCAUGUGGGACUGCAUGGAGGUGGCGGGACCGCCCAUGUGUUUAAUCGUUUUCAUGAUGGUCAUGGUGAUCGGAAAUCUGGUGGUUCUGAACCUGUUCCUCGCUCUGCUGCUCAGCUCCUUCAGUGCCGACAAUCUCGCUGUCUCUGAAGACGAAGUCGAGAAAAACAACCUGCAGAUAGCUGUCGGUCGAAUCAAGACAGCGUUCACCGUCAUCAAAGUCAGUCUGCGCCGUUUCUGCCGUAGCGGCUGUGUGAAGAGAAAGAAGCAAAAGAAAGAAGCAGACGGGCAACUGAACGAUCACACCUCAUUGGAGUUGUUUCCAAAAACCUCACUGAUAGACAUUGACAAGGAAACCGAGCAUAUUAUCAGCAACCCGAGUUUGACCGUCAGUGUCCCGAUAGCUGAAGAGGAGUCUGAUUUUGUCUGCCUGAACACUGAAGACUUCAGCAGUCUCUCUUCGGACCCCGUGGAAGAAAAUGAGAAGUUGGAUGAUGUGGAUGCAAGCUCUUCUGAGGGCAGUACGGUAGAUCUCAGAUACUUUGGACAUGCUAGAGAUGGAGAAGGGUCUUUAGAGGUUGAGCCGGAUCAAUCUACAGAUCCAGAAGCCUGCUUUACAGCUGGGUGUGUCCAGAGGUGCCCGUGCUGUCAGGUGAAUGUUGAAAAGGGCUUCUGGAAGACCUGGUGGAUGCUGAGACAAGCAUGCUUCAGGAUAGUGGAACACAGCUGGUUUGAGACCUUUAUCAUCUUCAUGAUUCUGCUCAGCAGUGGCGCUCUGGCGUUUGAGGACGUUUAUCUCAACUCACAGAAAAAUAUUAAGAUCAUUUUGGAGUAUGCGGACAAAAUUUUCACGUACAUCUUCAUCCUUGAGAUGCUGUUGAAAUGGGUCGCAUAUGGAUUUGUCAAAUACUUCACCAAUGCGUGGUGCUGGCUGGACUUCAUUAUUGUUGAUGUUUCUCUGAUCAGUCUGGUGGCCAACGCCCUUGAGUUCUCCGACUUAGGCGCCAUCAAAUCUCUCCGAACCCUUCGGGCCUUCAGACCUCUCCGAGCUUUGUCACGUUUUGAGGGAAUGAGGGUGGUGGUGAAUGCUCUGCUGGGCGCCAUCCCCUCCAUUAUGAACGUUCUGCUGGUGUGUCUCAUCUUCUGGCUGAUUUUUAGCAUUGUGGGUGUCAACUUCUUCGCCGGAAAAUUUUAUCAAUGCGUGAACACAACCUCAAAUGAACGGCUUCCCCUUUCAAUAGUCAAAGAUGAAACGGACUGUAACAACAUGAAUGAAACCGGGGAUAUCCUCUGGAGAAAUGUUAAGAUUAACUUUGAUAACGUGGGAAAUGGAUAUCUGGCCCUUCUGCAGGUGGCCACUUUUAAAGGCUGGAUGCCCAUUAUGUAUGCGGCUGUGGACUCACGCAGUGUCAAGGAGCAGCCGGAGUAUGAAUCUAAUCUGUAUAUGUACCUGUUUUUCGUAAUCUUCAUCAUCCUUGGAGGUUUUUUCACAUUAAACCUCUUCAUUGGUGUCAUUAUUGACAACUUCAACCAGCAGAAGAAAAAGUUUGGAGGUCAGGACAUUUUCAUGACAGAAGAGCAGAAGAAAUAUUACAAUGCAAUGAAAAAGCUUGGCUCCAAAAAACCUCAAAAACCCAUUCCGAGACCAACGAACAAGAUUCAAGGAUUUGUCUUUGACCUUGUGACCAAUCAGGCCUUUGACAUUUUCAUCAUGGUUCUUAUAUGGCUCAACAUGGUCACCAUGAUGGUGGAAUCACACGAUCAGUCAAAAGAGAAAACCUUGGUUCUCUACUGGAUCAAUAUUGUCUUUAUAGGGCUGUUUAGUGGUGAAUGUGUGCUGAAGAUGAUCUCGCUACGACAGUACUACUUCACCAUCGGCUGGAAUGUAUUCGACUUUGUCGUGGUCAUUCUGUCUAUAGUUGGAAUGUUUCUUUCGGAACUCAUCGCAAAGUACUUUGUCUCACCGACCUUGUUUCGCGUAAUACGCCUUGCCAGGAUCGGUCGCGUGCUGCGUCUCAUCAGAAGUGCCAAGGGAAUACGGACUCUUUUAUUUGCUCUGAUGAUGUCACUUCCUGCCUUGUUCAACAUCGGACUACUGCUCUUCCUUGUCAUGUUCAUCUACUCCAUCUUCGGCAUGUCCAGCUUCGCCUAUGUCAAGAAGUCGGACGGCAUUGACGACAUGUUCAACUUUGAGACGUUCGGCAACAGCAUGCUGUGUUUGUUUCAGAUCACCACGUCGGCGGGCUGGGACGGUCUUCUGGCGCCGAUGCUCAACACCCAACCCCCCGACUGCGACCCGAAGAAAACCUUCAGUGACGGCACAGUUGUGGGCGACUGCGGAAACCCUAUGGUCGGCAUUUCCUUCUUCGUCAGCUACAUCAUUAUAUGUUUUCUGGUCGUAGUGAACAUGUACAUCGCCGUGAUUUUGGAGAACUUUAGCGUGGCUACCGAGGAGAGUGCAGAUCCUUUAAGCGAAGACGACUUUGAUCGCUUUUAUGAGGUUUGGGAGAAAUUCGAUCCUAAAGCAACCCAGUUUGUGGAGUACAACAAGUUGUCCGAUUUUGCGGAUGCGCUGGACCCCCCAUUGCGUAUUCCCAAACCCAACAGAUUACGGCUGAUGUGCAUGGAUUUACCAAUGGUGAACGGAGAAAGAAUCCACUGUCUGGAUAUUUUGUUCGCAUUCACCAAACGUGUUCUCGGUGAAGGGGGCGAAAUGGAUAUCCUUCGUGGACAAAUGGAAGAACGCUUCAUGGCCUCCAACCCCUCCAAGGUGUCGUACGAACCCAUCACCACCACCCUCCGCAGAAAGCAUGAGGAUACGUCAGCCGCUGUGAUCCAGAGAGCCUUCAGGAAGCACAAGGUGAGGCUUGGCAUACGGAAGAUGGGUAAUAUGCACAUAGAGACAAAAAAACAAAAUGGAAAGGUCCCAAGAAAUGAGUCUAAGGACAAUGAGAAUUGUAACGAUAACACUGAAAAUUCAGACCUGACGCCUUCCACGUCAUCUCCCCCAUCAUACGAAAGCGCAACGCCGGAGAACAAAAACAAAUACAAGAAAGACAAACGCGAAAAGGAAGUCAAGGGUAAGGAUAACGGCAAGACUGAUUGAAAUUGACAUUCUUUAUGUUUACAUCUUCAAAAGAUUAUAUGUGAUGGUGGUUGCCAUUUGGCGCGUGUUUCUAUGCCAUCUUGCCUGAGCAUACUUGAACUUUGUGCCUAUUUUCAGAGCUGUGAGUGACUGAGUUGGGCAGUGAAGCUGCCGUUUCACUCGCUGGCUCCAUAUGGCAAUGGACCAAAUGCUGUUGAAAAGUUUGUGUAGCGUGUCCGUGCUGUACGUUUCAGGGUUACACCCAGUGUCUUGCAUUUCAAUGCAAUCUCUUGUUUAAUAUGUUUUAAAAAAGUUUUGUAUUCGGUCACGUUUUUUGUGCAAUUUCUGGAGAGUGUUGUGUUGCCCGGGCUCAGACAAAAUUCAGAAUUCAUUUUGUUCUCCUCAAUUCAUGAAUUGGAAUUUUGAAUUGAAUCCCACAAGAUGUUGAAUCGGCAAAACAAAGUGCUUCUGAAAACACUGUGCGGUGUAAUGUGUGUACGGUAAUUCAUGCUGAAAAAUAUGUAAAACUAUAAAAAGUUUUUUGUUUCAUAAUGUUGCAUUUAUAAAUCUAAUUAUGCAUCUUCACGCAUUAGAGUUUGUUUACAUAUUGUUUUUAAGAACCAAAAACUCUUUCUGCUUUUUUGCUGUUCAUUUACUGUACAGGACUAUUUGAAUGGCGUAAUAAUACUUCAUUUUGAAAACUUGUUUCAAGUUUUGUAAAAUAAUACUGUAAUCAUCUCUACAUAAACUACAACACAAAUUUGUGAAAACUGCUAUGUUAUGCACAUAACAUGUUCACUACUCUUUAAAAGAACGUGAAUGUGCUUGGUGUUUCUUUACAAAGUGACGUCGCCAACUACUGGCCUGGAAUGCAUAAUACAGCCAUUUAAGUUUUCUAUGCAGAUCCGCGUGAACUGAGAUCGUUUUCACAACAAUGUUGUCUGUAUGUGAAAAUUCAAAACACACAUACGUAGUUGUUAUGGAAAUGUACCCUAAAUUCAGGGAUUGGAUUUGAAUUUAUGCGCCAUUUUUUUUCGAAAGUUAUCCAACAAAAGUGGUCAAUUCCCUGUUCGUCACUAGAAAUGUAACUGCAUGAAUGUUCAUCUGUAAUCCCUCUCAGAAUGGCUGACUCCCUCUCAGGUGUCUUUGAACGUGAUAGAAAGCCAUUCGUUCAUGUGCUUUCCCUUGAUUUGCAAACAUCCCUGCCAACCUCAUGAGUUAUGUUAUAUUUCACUCUUCUUUACUCGACGUUGCUCAUGCAAAAUCUUCAAUGAAUCAUUCCCAGAUCACAUUGUGUGGUGUGGCUAUUCUGAACCUUGUUUUACAAAUCUUUCGUCUUUUACUAAGGAUGUAGUUCAAAUGUUUCUCUCUGAACGAUUAUGAACGUGUGUUAAUAUUUUGUAGGCAUAUGCAGUUUGUUGUAUAAUUUCUAUAAAUGAUGGAUUAUAAUCUAUAUGGAGAAUGUGAAAAGUUAUGCAUCUGCAUUAAGAUCAUUUACAAAUGACCAAACUAUCUUAUCAAUGAAAUGAUCUGGGGAGUGUAAACAUUUUCAUUGUGUUUAUACUGAAAUGUCAAAUAUUACCAUUUGAUUUGUAUUAUGCAUUUUGUUUUUGUGUCUAUGCACUUUUGUUGCACCAUUUUCAUGUGUAACAUAUUCAAUGUUAUUCUAGUUCUGUACUUUUCUCUUUUAUCAGAAGACAUUUUGCUUGACACGAUCCUUAUGCAGAUCGAUCCUUAUGAUGUCAGGAAUUGAGUUGAGAGUUUGGGAUGGCACGACAUCAGAACUUCUGUAUUUGUUUACAUUUUUGUUUAUAUAUGUAUCGGUUUUGUUUCUUAAAGGAGUCUGAAUAUAGGUUCACUAUCACACAACACAGUUGUACGAUUUAUUCGCUCCAUGUGAAUGUGUCCAUGUCAUGUAUUGAGCAAAAUAAGUAUAGGUAUAUUACGAAUUUAUAUAAAACAAAUAUCAAAGUAUCAUCCAUCAGAAAUCGGUAGCUUUUUUAUGCAUCAUGCUUGUAGUAUGUGAGUUAACUGCAUGCAAGAUA